UAAACCACAUCCCUUCACCUCAACUCCAUGUUUUUAUUAUUCGUGCACUUGUUCCUCCCGAGGCAUCCUCUCUGUCUCCUCCUUUCAAUAGAAGUUGUCAACAGAUAUUAUUCCCCCCCCACCCCCCUCUCUUGUUUGUGCCCGGAUAGAAACCCAAAAUCGCGUCUCUCUGUUUCAUUUCAUCACAAGUGUCACAAGGAGAACGAUGGAAGGCAUAACGCAGCAAACAUAAACAGAAGUAUAUGAGGUAAACCUGUCUGUUUGAAGGCUCGUGAGUCAGCAAAGUGCCUUCAGAAACAGAUAAUAAUAGAGCUGUGAGGAGGGGAGAGUGUUCCUCCCCCGGCCUCAUAUGGCCUCCCUGCAUGAUUUCUCAGUCCAGGCAUGACUGUCAUCCCUAAAAACCUCAGUGCUCAGCCUGGUUCUUCCUCUUUUGACGACACAAGUCCCAGAUCCGGUGCAGCGCAGAUGGAUGAGGUCGAUGGCCUUCGUUUGAAGCUCUCCACUGACGACCUGGUGUCACUGGCUCCCUCUUUGGCUGAGCCCAUCAACCUAGAAGACUCCCAUUAUGAUUUGCUGCGAUCUGACCUUGAGUCUGAUGCCCAGAACCUGGAGGCAGAGUCCUGGAGCUUGGCUGUGGACCAGAACUUCCAGAAGACCCUGAGCAAAGAGGCCAUUAAAAGACAGGAUGUCAUCCACGAGCUGAUCCAGACAGAGAUGCACCAUGUUCGCACCUUAAAGAUCCUCCUCCAUGUCUACAUACACGAGUUGAGGCAGUCUCUGCUGAUUGAAGAGUCCAAGCUGGAGAGGCUCUUCUUUGGGGUGGAAGCUCUGCUCGCCCUCCACCAGCGUUUUCUAAACAACCUCAAAGUCCGCCAAAGUCAGAGUCAGGUGGAAGACAACCCAAACAUCUAUCAGAUCACACAACUGGGGGAUAUUCUCAUCUCUCAGUUUUCAGGCGCUAUGGGAGAAGGGAUGUUUGAGAGUUACAGUGUUUUCUGCAGUCGUCACAGUGAAGCCAUCAGCUUCUACAAAGAUCAGCUACAGAACAACAAGAAACUGCAGAUCCUCAUAAGGAAAAUUGGUCAGCUGCCUCUUGUGCGAAGGUUGGGAAUCCCUGAAUGUUUUCUGCUGGUGACUCAGCGCAUCACAAAAUAUCCUAUCCUGGUGGACAGAAUCAUUCAAAACACUGAAGCUGACACAGAGGAGCACCAGUCACUGGUCCAGGCUUUGGCUCUAAUUAAAGAAACCAUCUCCCAGGUCAACGAUCAGGUCAGUGAAUACGAGAAAGCGACUCGUCUGAGAGAGAUCGGCCUUCGUCUGGAGCCAAAGUCUCAGGGCCGGCUGAAGAAUGGCCAGCUGUUCCGCAGAGAGGAUCUCUUACAGGGAGAGAGGACGCUGCUGCACGAAGGUGCGGUAACAUGGAAGACGUCUGGCAAACAGAAAGACAUCCAUGCUGUGCUGCUGUCAGACGUGCUCCUCCUCUUACAAGAGAAAGAUCAGAAGCUUGUGUUUCCUGCUGUGGAUAACAAACCUCCAGUGAUCUCCCUUCAAAGGCUGAUAGUCCGAGAGGUCGCUCAUGAGGACAAAGCCAUGUUCCUCAUCUGUGCUUGCACCACCAGCAUGCCGGAGAUGUACGAGAUUCACACCAGCUCCAGAGAGGAACGCAUCGCAUGGACAGCCCAGAUCCGGGAAGCAGUGAACCGUUAUCCAGAAGAGGAGCAGUAUCGUGAGCUGACUGCAAGACUGCAGCAGUUUCAAGAUAUUCUAAAGAUUAGGGAUGACCAGAUAAGGCAAAGUCUGACAGAGAAGCAGCAGAUCUUUGCCGCUCUGUAUGAGACUGUGACAGAACAGGAAACCCCUCACAAAGGUCUGCUGCUGCGAGGAGACACCACAGACCUCCAGCAGGGGGAGACACUGCUCAAAGGAGCCAUCGAUGAGGUGGAAAACUUGCAGAACCUGCUUUUCUCACGGAUUAGAGACCCAAACCUUCUUUUGAAUGAGAGAAAGUCACAGGAGGAACUGCUUCUGGGGAGGGCCGAUACUGAUGGGGUGGCCGAUGAUGAUGAUCUGGCUGCUAGUGCCAUGACAAAUGGCGACGCUCCUGACGGUCCCGGUGACAGCGAGGUCGAUCCGGAUCACAACAGUAACACCGCUAGUGAUCCUCAGCUGCAGGAUUCGUACGCUGAGUGUCUGGAACAGUCUGCUGAUGAUGAAACAGAUCUUCCAAUCCGCAGUUUCCCUCCCAGUCAUUUCCAUGAGGCAGAGGUGUGUGACCGGGUGAUACUGCUCGCACAAAGGCUUUACAGUUUACAUGCAAUAAUCGCCCAGCAGGACAGCCAGAUCGAGCUUCAGCAGGUGUUCCAUUCAAAGAGCAAGCAGCCUGCCCGUCACUACAGCAGUGUGCUGCUUGAGCAGGAGAAGCAGCGGAACCAGGAGAAGCAGAAGGAGGAACUGAACAACUUGCACAAACUGCGGGCGCAGCACCGAGAGGAGCAGCAGCGCUGGGAGAAGGACUGGGAGCGGCAGAGGACCCAGAUAGAGGCCCUGGAGGCUCAGCUUCAACAGAGGGAGGACGAGUGCAGGAAGUGGGUGGAGAAGCUCAAUGAGGAGAAAGCAGACCUGGAGAGGCAGAGGGAGGACUAUCAGCAGGACCUGGAGAGGCUGAGGGACUCCACACAAUCAGUCGAGAAGGAGAGGGAGCGUCUGAAGCAGCUGCAAGAGAAGAUAAAGAAGAGCCUCCCAAACCCAGGACAUGCCAACUAUGAAGAUCCUUCACAAUCCUGGGCUCUCUCCAGUUACCAGUCGUUCAGAGGAAGCAUAGUGAACGGAGGACGGAGUCUGACCUUAACGCCAAAGCUUCACGUCUCGCCCUCUUUCUUGGACCCCAAAGAAAUACCUCCGAAGGUUCCACCUCGCAGGGAGAGCAUCAGCCCCCUGCCGGCUCGGCCCGAGCGGCCCAUCCAGCUGAUCAGCACCACCAAUCAGGUUAACAAGCCGGCAGCCGUGCAGCAGCAGAUCCCCGCCAAGCUUGCCACUCUGUCCAAAGGAAAGGACAAAGGCUCUAAGAUGAAAGGCUCCCACCACAGAGCGCACAGUGCAGCCUCCAUAGACGUGAAUCAGGUGCUGCCCAUCCGAGUGACCGGGAAGGAAGGAGGCAGCAUGAGAACCAGAAGGAACGCCAGUCCUCAAAAAGCUCAAAAGCAUUCAGGUGCCGUUAACCUACCAGGUUCCGUCCACAAUAUGAAGAUGUCUCAGUCCUUCAGCACACACAGGAGGAGCAACAGCGAUGCUCCUCCUCCAACACCGCCUCCUUUCCCCAAAGACAUUCUGGAAGCAGGCAAAGAGAAGGUAAUAUUCCUUUAACCCUGAACUUCUUUCUGGAGUUCAGAUGAGGACUGCUCCAUCAUAAAGACUUUGACGUGGAAGACUGAUGUGAACAUGAACUCAUGUGUCCAGUAAGAAGAGAACUGUCACUUUAAUGGGAAUUGAACCCUGGACUUUAACAAUGACGUGAACUAAAACAAAAAACAAUUGAGAUUUAAUGCAGAGGUUGCACAAAAAAUUUCAAAAACCUCGACCUUUUUCGACAUCGGGAUGUUCAUAUUUUACAUGAAGAUGUUACAAAAACAAAACCCUUUGCCAAAGACUUUUAUGAGACGUUAUUUUUUUAGCAAUUUUUUAUUAGAAAUUAAUGUAAGUUUUCUUCAAACCGUUGAGCACUCAUGUUUUACAUCUGAAGCUGUCUUUUUAAUUUAUGAAUGAUGAAUACAGGGUGAGUUGUAUAUUUUUAACGUUUGCAUCGGUUUCACUGUGAGGUGCUAAGCACAGGAGUUUGAUUUGGGAAUGAAUCAAAGGUGUAAUAUACAGUAUAUAUAUAUAUACCAUGGUCCUGCUCCUCAGCUGUAACAAAAUGAUGCAGUAAUGUACUAUAUUGAGGAAACUACAUGCAGGCUUUGAACAUGUUGUUUGUAAAUAGUAUCAGCUGAUGUUCCCUGUUCAUUAAUGUUCACGUUAUUUCACAGAUUUUCUUUUGAAAAUCAAACGCUGUUCCUUUUUGUUUAAAGAAAAGCAUCCUUCACAAUCCAAACUCAUGGAAUAAAAGAUCACUGACCUGACAAAACAGAGUGUGGCAUUUUAUAUUCUUCAGUUAAACACAUCGUGAUGGAUCAUUAUGAUUGUCUUGCGUUAUAUAAAUUAUCACCGAACCGAUGUAUUUUGAUCCUUAUGUGGGCCACAUAUCACAUUAUGAAUCAUUGGUUAUCCUGUGAUUUCCAUCGCUAAUGACUCCCCUUAUCAAGUUAAAAAUUAGCACUAAAAAGCUGCUAAAAUUGAGUUCCUUUUUUCUCGCUCAAUGUUUUUUAGGCUUUAAUGCUGAAAGACAACCUCCUCUUUGGGGUUAGACUGCCGACCGAUAAACUCCUAAAAACUGUUUUUAAUUUUUUGCACAACAAGCAGUGAGUGGCCUGUGAGACUUGCACAACCAGCAGAUAAUGCCUUUUAAAGGUCCAACAUAUUUUACCAGCUUAAAUACCACAAAUGUCACAAAGGAAACGUCUCGCUGCACCUACAUUAUCAAAGAGCUUUAUUUGUAAUCAUUCACCUGAAGGUAGAUUUCUUCCCUUUGGCGAGCAGAUGGGUACCUUUAUUGUGGACUUUGGAAGUUGUAUGAAUGUAUGUGAGGUAUGUCAUACACUGGAGUCUGAAGUAGGAGCAGUCAGCUUUAUAAAACAAAAAUACCUUCACAGAAUGAGUUUGAUGUGAAACAUGUUCAGGUCAAAGGUUAAGAUGUAAAACCCAGACAUAAAUGUGGGCUUAAAUACAGCGCUCUGCACUGCAUUGCAAACCAGUCAACCAAACAGCACGGCAGUCUAUGAAAUAGUGAUCCAGUAUGAAGAGGACUUCACUUUGAGUGACUGAGCAGCAGCGACAAAAAGCCUCUUUGUCAGACUGCUUCUCAUUUCUGCCUAGCCUGAACAGCAGGCGACCUUUUUCACAGCUUGUGAUGAAAAGACGCAUUGAGACUGAAAAACCCAUGCAGGCGGCCGAGUUAUGUUUGGCAUCAAAAAGCUGAUACAAAGAUAUUGAAACAGCCAUUCAAACAGAUGAUAACACACACCAAAUAUCAGAUACAAUGUUUUAUUUAUUCCAUAUAUUCCUCCGUAGAGGCAUUAAAAACCACUUGGUGACACAAACUAUACCGGUGAAUGAAUAAUCUCCUUGACAACACUUGUUGAUUCAGCGAGGGCACAGAUCCAGACAACUAAACUGUUCUUGUUUGACUCUUUUUUUUUUUUUUUUUUACUCUUUGACCCUUUACUUCUACACAGAGGUGAUCAACAGGCUUCAUUAACAUGAGAAUGACACUCUUGGGUCAGAAAAAACAGGAUGAGUACUGGAUAUAGUGAUACCUUUUCUUUUCUUUACACCCCUGUAUACGAUUUUUUUUUUUUAUACAUAGACAUAUAUAGACAUGAACCAACAAAUGUCAGCUCAUAAGUUCAAAAAAUAUUGUGCAAACGCUUCGUAUAAACCAACCUAGAGACAUCUGUAACACAACCCGUCACUCGUUCCUCAGCUCAAACUGCAGCACAUCAGCAUUCAGGGUACAGUACUCGUGUUCAUCAUAAAGCAAUCUCUACCAAUUCUGCUGCAGCCCCCCCCCGAUUUAACGCAUUUAAGGCCAAAACAAAUUCUUAAGACGAUAUCAGUUACAACUUGGGGUUCAAGUCUCCGACAUUUUACCUGUUGCACCACCAAAAAGUUAUACAAGUCUGCACUACAGGGUUAUACACUGGUUUUAUAGAAAGGGUAGAAAUCUUAAACCAUAGCAUGCAAAAGAGAAAAAAAAAAACAUCAAAAA